UUUCGACGGGUCCAAGUCACUUCCUCAAAGCGCAACCUACAUCAAAUCAUUAAAGUCUUCAACAAGAGCCCAUUCCUACAGAACAAGCGACGCCAAUAUCAGACAGUAUAGAAAAUAUGGCAGCGAUGUAGCUCUGUAAUUGUUGCAAAGCAGUCUUGCUAUGUCAUCUUGUGAGCUGAAGGAAAGCCAUUGAGUCCCUUUGGAAAACAAAUAAAGUAUAGUCGACGAAAAGCCUCGUAAAGAUCAAUUAUGCCUUAGCUUAGAUGAACAAAACGUUUGGAAACUUUUGCAAAAAGCUAAGACGCCAUACUUGUUAGUAUCAGAUUUCACCUUUGAAGCAAUUCAAGAUGAGGAGAAUAUCAGCGAGUGUCGUCGAAGACAAUUGAAGCGUUGACCAUGAUUACAUAAAAGACUAAUGGCCACUAGUAGCACAUUGCCAUCGACUUUAUCAAGCCGUCAAAAGACCAAUUACUCUAGAAUAUGCAGACUACUAACGGACAUUGGGACAAAAGUGUUGAGAGACGUUUUAGAUUCCUUACACCCACCUGCUAGUCUACAGAAACAUCUCAACUCAUCCGCUGUUAACUCUAUACUGAAAAAUCUCAGAAAKAAAAGAGUGGUUAACGCGCAACAAUGGCAAAGAUUAUACCCACCAUCAGGAGUACCAUUAUCGACUACCUUCGACAUAACACUGCUCUUCCUUCUCUUAAGGAAUACCUGUGGUCUGACUCCACCUACUACAGGAUGGGAUGCUGCACCACCUCCAGCUGAUGUUAGCAAAGAGGCUGAUCUAAUUCGAGUAAAACGAUGCCGAAAUGAAAUCACUGGUCAUAGCACAGCCGCAGAACUCUCUGAUGCUGAUUUUGGAAACCACUGGGCUGAAAUUGAGGCAGCAAUGAUAAGACUUGGAGGAUUGCAGUAUGAACCAGAAAUCCAGCGUCUGAAAAUCGAGUCAAUUGACCCUGAAAGUGAAGCCUAUUUGAAUGUUCUUAUUCAGUCAUGGGAAGAAGGCGAGGAUAAAAUAUUGGAUGCCAUUAGAGGAGAAUUCGAUAAACUAAAAAUACAACAUCCUACAUUAUUCCAAGACUACCAACCGAAGCCCUUCUGUACUUUGCCUCAGAAGCCAUCCCACGACGUUGUCCACCGUCUUGAAGAAGUAUCCAUGACACUUGACGAGAUACGUCGACUCAGAACUGCGUUCCCGAAUCAUGUCACAGUAACAUAUUURUCAGGAAAUCCUGGCUGUGGAAARAGCGAGCUUGCAAGACAGAUUGGAGAAAAAUACUUCGAUGAAUUUGAAAAAGACGAGUCGUCCAAAUUCGUGGCUACAUUAAAUGCAUCGAGUCUCGAGAGUCUUAUUCAGUCGUACAUGGAACUGGCAUUCCAGCUUCGAUGCAACGACGUAUCCCUGAUCAUGUCAUCAGAAAAGAAUUCUCAAGAACAGAAACUUGCUCAGUUGCAAGCGCUCGUAGUUCCAAAGUUUCAGAAAUAUUCCUCAUGGCUGAUUAUUGUUGACAACGUUGAAGAUAUUAAAAUGGUUUGCAAAUUUAUACCGCACUCAGGUCAAAAGCUCCUGCAUCAUGRAAAAGSACAUAUCCUGWUYACUACUCAAGACAUGGAGUCUAUACCAACAAGCGAUUCGCAUGCACAUCACAUCCCGCUUAAAAAUGGUAUGAAAUUACAUGACGCAGCUCAGACCYUGUAUGAAAUAUCUGGAUUGCCAUGCGACGAAGAAAUCGCAAAUAAAUUAUGCGAAAAACUAGACUUUCARCCUCUAGCGCUUGCCUGUGCAGCAGUGUACAUCAGACAAACACACUACGCUGACCCUAGCAUGAACUGGGAAUGUUAUCUUGAAAAAGUGGAGAAAGGAAAUCUGAURUCGGCUGAUGAACUUUACGAGAAAACAAAUCACCCCUACCAGAGAUCUAUGAAGACUGCUAUUAAGAUGGCAGUUGAAAAGAUUUUAGAAAAAAAUGGGGUGUUACGGCAUACAUUUGAAUUUAUGGGGGCUUUUGCCCCAGAGUUCAUAUCACUAGAACACGUUAUCAGCUAUGUACGUCAGUGCAUGCCUAAUAUGGAAAAAGAGAAUGUAGCUAUAGCCAUUACCUCAUCCGCCCUCAUCAUUACUUCCGAAGGCAGCUCUAAACGACAGUCUGUUCGCGUUCACCAAGUUGUCUAUCAUGUUCUUCAAACCGUCUAUGAAGUAACAUUCCUGCAACCAGUCGACGAAUUUUCAUUUUUCAUGAAACUCGUCAACGUAUUUUCUUACAUCAGGGACAUUGGCGCAGAUAUAAUGAAAUUCUUUCAAGAAACAGCUCCUCUAAUAGAGCACUUUGUCUUUUUCUCGGAAAAGGUGAAAGAUUAUUUUGAAAGGCAUCAAAUUUUAAAGGUACUAAAAGAAGCAAAGCUUUAUGGAGUACAUUAUCAGUGUAAUAAACUAUUUACACAUCAAUACAUUCCAUUUGCCAGGUUCCUUGUGGAAACUGUUUCUUAUGUAUGUAGAGAGCACUGGAACUAUAGCACAGCAAGAACAUUAUGUGAGAUAGGCCACUGCCUAAUUGAAAACAUCUAUAAAAGCGAGGAAAUUACAUACGGCAGCAAUAAUCCUGAGGUGGCUACAACGUUACAUAAUUUAGGAUUAGUGUUGGACAAACUCGGAAAACUUGAUGAAGCGAAAGAUUGUUACGAUAAAGCACUGGCAAUUUACGAAAGCACUUACGGCAGCAAUCAUCCUCACGUGGCUACAGCGUUAAAUAAUUUAGGAUUAGUGUUGUACAAACUCGGAAAACUUGAUGAAGCGAAAGAUUGUUACGAUAAAGCAAUGGCAAUCGAAGCGGACGAAACAGUCAUUGGCAUUUAGGAGAAUAUUUUUUUCAAAAUGAAGGGUUAUCAAAAAGCUAAAGAGUAUCUGGACAACACCAUUGAAAUCAACCAAGAAAGACACGUUGGUAGCCAUCCGUAUAUAGCUAACAGUUGAGAAGCUCUGGCAGUACUCUCAGAAUGUAUCGACAAACUUGAUGAAGCUAGAGACUACUAUGAAAGAGCACUCGCAAUUAAAGAGAGCGCCUAUACACGACUUUCAAAAAUGGCGCGAUGUGUUACGGUCUCCGACCAGGGCACUGGGGACGAAGCACUAAAACAAGGUCUCAUAGGCCAGCCUCCGUAUAGUGAGCUUCCAUGGUUACUUGCAAGAGUGUUUUGUUAUAAAUAACAUACCAAUACAUCUUUCAAAUUUUUGGACACUGCCUACAUACGAUCUUCGUAGUGAUUUCUUGAUGGAAGGCCUUUCAGGUCUCGUUUCCAUGAUUCGUCACUAGUCCCCAAUAUAGGCGGACAUGAACUGGCGCCAUUUUUGAAAGUCGUGUAUGUUGGUUAAAACGUUAUAUAAGUUAGAAUCGCUGUUAAAGGAUCAAGAAAAACCGGAUGAAGCCAGAAAGUUUCGCGAAAGAGCCUUGGCAAUCAGCAAAAGGGACAGAACUUAGCAUUGAAAAAAAGAAGCCAUGGCUACAGGGUAAACUCUUGUGUACAUAACAAUGUAAAUAUGAUUCGUGUAUGUCGUAUGCAAAGUCAUGCAAUACUAUCAAAACGGAUUUUGAAACAUAACUUAUAUUUAUAGAGCGGAUUUCGUAUGAGUGGGACAACGUUACCGCACGUUUACCGGACCUGGCCUGCACAAUUUUAGUGAAGCAAUGGGGCACUGGAACACGGUUACAGUACGAUUACGGUCACCGUACAGUAUCGUCCGUUUCCCACUCAUACGAAAUCCGCUCUAAUAGUCAUGCAAAAUGGUGAAAACUAGCAGUAAUCUAGUGUGGGCUGUGUCGGUGUUUCUAAAAUAUUCUAAAUAUACCCAGCCUGUUGUAAGAUAAGCGCUUUGUAUACUUAUACGCUCUAACCUCGCGUA